AUGGACCCAAGCGCAACAACCGUCCUACUCAUCGACUUCAAAUCCGACCCGGCAGCAACAUGGCCGGUUCUUCUCUCGCAACUCGCUGCUCUCCGAUCCAAAGAUUGGUUAACAUACCACGACGGCUCGACGCUCCACACAGGCCCCCUUACCAUUGUCGGCACGGGAAACGCCCCCUACGACCUCAUUCAGUCCAUGACAAACCGGUACAUCUUUUUCGACGCACCACUGCUCUCUAUCUCAGAUGCGAAGUACAACACUACAAACUCUUAUUACGCAUCCGCCGCCCUCAGCGACGCACGACAGCAAAAGGAUUGA